AUGUCUGGGAAUCCGCCGCAAGAGGAGGACAAGAAGCCGGCUGACCAGUCGGCGCACAUCAACCUUAAGGUGAAGGGCCAGGUGAUACUCUUUUUCCCUCCCUUCUCACCCCUCUGUUCCCUGGGGUGUUUUUCUGUGGUUUGUUUAUGUUUGGUGAAGAUUAUGUGAUGUUAUGCCUUUUUUUAUUAUUCUGGUGGACCAUUUUUCUGUCGUGUGGGAAGUUUCUUGUGGGUUUUUCAUGUUAUGCUGCUUCGUAGUUAUGAUUCUUCCUUCAUACCUUUGUGAUGAUGAUUUUUUCUGGCGUAUUGGCUGAAAGUAUUGGGAUUUGUUUUUCUGGCUUCUGUUCCAAUGGACUUGACGACCUUACUUCUCCGAGUGCUAGAGAAUCAUCUAAGUUUUUACGCAUCUGUGGUGCCUCAGCGUCUAGUUGCUUUUAGCUUACUGUUCUGGCCCAUGCCUCCCCAUGCCUUGUUUAGUGAUUACUAUUUUUGUUGUCCUUUGUUUAGCCUUUGUUGCAUGGAUCACAGAGUCUUCUCCUUCAUGCCAACUUACAUUAAAACAUUGUUUCUAGUGGUUACUAGUUGAGAUGGUGGAAGUGCCUGUAUUUCCUAUUGAGAUUCUUUGAUGUCAUUCGUCCUGCACUUUGAUCAUUCGCGUUUAGUCAUAGUUCUUCAUUACGUGUCAUUUGAAACAACUUCCACUCAUUUGUCAUGUUAUUUGAAUAUAUUUAGUGGUUAUUAUUAAUUUUACAGAUUUUUUCGUUGGUUUCUUCUAAAUAUCUGCAUCCUUACAUAUAUUCAGCCUUUUGUUUCCUGAUUAUGGCGGGAGAAACCCAUUUAGGAACAUCUUAAACUGCGUACCUUUGACGGUGGGAAAUAUCGAUACUUUCACGCAUUUUUGGGGCUCUACCAUCAUAUUACACAUGAAUGUAGAUUUAAUUAUGUUACAGAAACAAUUCAAGCUAGUAUGUUUUCUCCCAAAUGGAGGUAGAGAGGAUGUAUAUACUCCCCUACAUUUCCUCCGUUUUCAUGCGAAUAAAAAAUACCACUACACCGGUCUCUCUCGUACUGUCUUGAAUCUGAUGUGAUGUGCGUGGCUGCCUGUUCUGAUAGUCUUUAUUUUUGUGACUGGUUAAUUUUUUUCUUGGGGUCUUGUCUUAAUGAGAAGAUUAUCUUUCUCUUAUUAAAAUUUUAGCGGCAAGCUUUCUUACUGAACUUUAUGAUUGUAUUUUUCUAUUUCAUCCUUGGCAUUAUGAAUGGGUGAAAAUGUUCAGUUUAAGAUUUCGUGAAUUAUCGUAUAUUUCAUAUAGUGAAAGUAAGGUGUGUGAUGAAUUCAGCUAGUGUUGCACUGUAUUUUAGACGGUGUAGUUCAGGUCGCAAUGCUCAUGCUCCUCCUAGAAACUGUACAUUCCACUUAAUUAUAUACGUCUUUAUUAAAAUAGCCUCAAUAACAACGGUUAUCUGGAAGAUCAAAAGAUGAAAGCUUUGAGAAAAGAUUUAUCAUUUCCUGACCCCAGUAUGGUAAAUAGUAAAAUAGGAUAUAAUAAAGACGUCAUUUGCCCAGUUUCCAUUUAUGGUUUUUCUUUGAUGGUUCCAAUCAGUGAGCGAGUCUUCUAAUAUUUUCUCUUGUUUUUAUGUAUUAAUGGUAAACUACAUUGCAGUAUAAGCAAUCUGUUGUAUCCAAUGGUCAGAUAUAAUUAUGACAAUUUUUGUACCAAUAUUUUGGCUAUUUGCUACGACAUUGCAGCUUGAGAUAAAGGAUAUGCCAAAUCUUAACACAGCAUUUAGAUAUGCAUGUGAUUCUCUGCUAACCUUUGGGUCUGUGUGUUUUUUACUCGGCUUAAUAUUCCGGUUAAAAUUUAUAUCAUUUAUAUUUUACCUUUUUCUCAUUAAAAACUCAAUGUUUGGAGAAAUAUGCUAAUGUUGUUUGAAAUAUACGUACAAGUUUAAGUCAUUUUUACAAAAUAUAUAAGAUUAAUCAAAGUUGUAAAAUGCACAGGCAUGAAUCACCACUCUAUCAACUGUAGCCAUUUAGGUCCUUGCGUCCCACUUUUCAUCCUACAUUCAGACUUCUUCAGAAGCUCAUGGGCAUUCCUGAUGCUUUUUUUUCAAUGUUAAAAGUGAUGGGUUAUAUAUACGGAAUGUCUGAACCAGUUUUUGUCAUUUGGGUUAGUCCAACUCGUAUCUAUGGGAUUCACUGUAGUCAAAUUUUCAAUCCAUUCCAUGAGGAAUUGGAAGAACCAUAAAGUCUGCUGAAUCAAUCAAUUUUCUCUCAGUCUCCAAACGGGUUACCCUGCUGUUGAAACCCUAACGACCCUAGCCCUUAACUUUCAUGGGAACACUCCAUCUCGACCCUACAUCAUUCCUAACGGUGACAUACUAGUCACAUGGCAACUUAAAGACAAGAUAAUGGGUAAUAAGACCCGUGCAAGGGCCCAAAUCCCACUAACUAUUGGCCUCGCCAAAUCAAAUGAUCUUCCUAUGGUUCUUGAGAUUGAUUCAAAGGGACUUUGAACAGCUCCUUUAGAUUCUGUGCUGACAUGGAUUUGUAUAUUUUUCUGCUCUUGGGAAUCUAUUCACAGUUUAUCCUCUCUCUUUCUCUCUCCCUCUCUCUCUCUCUCUCUCUCUCUCUCUCUCUCUCUUUCUGUUUGUGUAGGAUGGAAAUGAGGUUUUCUUCAGGAUCAAACGCAGCACCCAGCUGCGCAAGCUGAUGAAUGCCUACUGCGACCGGCAAUCCGUGGAUUUCCAGUCCAUUGCCUUCCUAUUCGACGGCAGGCGGCUUCGCGGAGAGCAGACCCCAGACGAAGUAAAUCUCCUGGGGAUCUCUCUUUGAGGGCAAAGUUUUCAAAUGCUCUCUCCAUGAUUUCCUCAGUUGGCUAACUUUGCGCUCUCUCUCUCUCUCUCUCUCUCUCUCAGCUUGAAAUGGAGGACGGCGAUGAGAUUGACGCAAUGCUGCAUCAGACUGGGGGUUCUCUGAGUCUUGCAUGA